GGGAGCGAAAAUGUGAAGGUGGAAUCGGACUGAGCAGCAUUGUGUUGUAACCGGCGUCUGUUUCUCGGAACGAAACAGAGCCGACACUCCCACACAGCAACAACAGCAGCUUUAUUUGGAUUUUAUCAUCAGUGGAAAUAUCCUCGCUCAUUUAUCUUUUCUUCUAUAUUUUUUUUGAACCCCCUCUUACUGCCAGUGUGCACCUUCUCACAAAUUGACUGGAAGCUGUGUUACGGAGAGUGUGGAGCAUCCUUUACGUUUAGUGGAUAUUUCUUUAUAGUUGCACAAUUUGCAGGGAGCAAAGUGCUCCGUGAAGAUCUGCUCUUGCUUUAUGGGAUUAUUUUCGACGGAGCCGCGUUGUUUCAGAUAAGAACACAUUGGGCAUCAUGAGUUCCAGUGGCUCGAUGGGUGGUGAGCGGAGCUCUGGACCAAUCCGGUGCCAGCGAUGUCGUGAAGUCUGCAAAGGGGAGGUGGUACGAGUACAAGACACCCACUUUCACGUCAAGUGUUUCACCUGCACCGUGUGUAACUGUGAUCUUGCACGAUCUGGCUUCUUCCAGAAGAAGGGCGAGUACAUCUGCACAGCAGACUAUCAGCGUCUGUAUGGUACACGCUGCGACCGCUGUGACAGCUUCAUUACAGGAGAGGUGGUCUCCGCUCUGGGACGCACGUACCACCCCAAGUGCUUUGUCUGCAGUGUUUGCAGUAAACCCUUCCCCAUCGGAGACAGAGUGACGUUCAGUGGAAAGGACUGCGUGUGCCAGCAGUGCUCGCACACACUCGUCAAGUCAAAUGAACCGAUCAAGAUCCACGGGCCCAGCCACUGUGCCGGAUGUGGAGCCGAGAUCAAACAGGGACAGUCCCUCCUGGCGUUGGAGAAACAGUGGCACGUCAGCUGCUUCAGAUGUCGGACCUGCAACAUGGUCCUCACUGGAGAAUACAUCAGCAAGGAUGGAGUGCCAUACUGUGAGGCAGAUUACCACGCCCAGUACGGGGUGAAAUGUGAGACCUGCAGCAGAUACAUCAGUGGAAGGGUUCUGGAGGCGGGAGGGAAACACUACCAUCCGACCUGUGCCCGAUGUGCCCGCUGUAACAUGAUGUUCAAAGAGGGAGAGGAAAUGUACCUGACAGGAUGUGAGGUGUGGCACCCAUUAUGCAAGCAGGCAGCGAGGGCGGAGAGGAGGCUCAGGCACAGACGCCUGUCAGAGACCUCCAUCUCUCCACCAGGCUCCUCAGUAGGCUCUCCCAGCAGGGUUAUAUGUGCCAGAGUGGAGAAUGAGAUCCUAGCUUAUAAGGACCUAGCUGCCCUGCCAAAGGUCAAGGCCAUAUAUGAGGUCCAGCAGCCAGACCUCAUAUCCUCCUCAUACCAGCCCUACCACAGAUACACCUCUGAUGACAGGCUAGAAACUUACAGCUAUGGGGAGUCACUUGGGACGCUCUCUCCCUAUUCUCAGGACUACGACAGCCUGGAUAUGAGGCAGAGGCGGUGCUCCAGUCCAGGUUAUAUAGACUCGCCGACAUAUAGUCGUCAAGGCAUGUCACCCAUCAUGCCUCGCUCUCCGCAGCACUACGGCUACCCUGGCUCUGAGAGUGGCAGGAGUUCACCUUAUUACGGCCAAGAGGGGCGGUCAAGCACACCCACCACAAACCAGCCCCCUAAACAUUUUCAUGUACCAGCCACAGGGGACCCCAACAUCUACAGGAAGCCUCCCAUCUAUAAGAGAACUGCCACCAAAAGCAGGACCAGCGAGGACAUCCUCAGAUCCUCCAGACUGUCUACCUACUCUCCCGAGCCAUACACCCAGUCAGAGUCUGACUACUACCCGUACACCAGCUCUCCCAGGGCCUAUCGGGUGCCGAGAAGACGCUUCUCGACAGGAGGAGAUGAAGAGAGUUGGAGUCACAGUCUUCAAAGAAUUGGGAGUGGCAUCGGGAGGAUGAUCCUAAAGGAGGAGAUGAAAGCCAGAUCUGGUUCCUAUGACAACGACCCCUGGGGCAGUGCGAGGAAUUCUCGUAGUGGGAGCAAGGAAACACUCAACACUACAGGCUAUGGCACCACGGCGUACAACAACACUGUCAACGGCUCUCCGCGAUCUCAGUACAGCACUGAUAGCGAUUUUGUUUGCAAGUCCGCUUCACUACCAGGAUAUGGACGCAAUGGCAUCCAGAGGCCUCAGAGUGCAGACUGCUACCAGUACCAGUACGACAGUGGCAACGAGGUCAACUGGGGAAGCAGAGCUGAGUACAAGGUUUACCCUUAUGAAGCACUCAUUGUCACCACCAGAGGGCGCAACAGGCUGCCCAAGGAUGUAGACAGAGCAAGACUGGAGCGUCACCUGUCUCCAGAGGAGUUUGUCCAAGUGUUUGGUAUGACAGUGGAGGACUUUGACCGGCUGGCUCUGUGGAAGAGGAAUGAGCUAAAGAAACAGGCCCGACUCUUUUAGUAAUGUAUGGACGUCCGUCAAAUACUGCCAUAAGCAGAGCCGGAGACUUGACUGACUAUAGGAACAAAAGAGAAUGUGAGGACGACUUCUACUCAGUUUCACUGCCAUGGCUGAGAUCCUGUUCUAGACCUCCUCUUAAGACGAACCAAAUUCUGGUCACACCAGCGCGGACUUCUGGGACGCCGGGGAAAGGCCACAGAGACAUUAUGCACAGAUGGACUGACAAACUGUUACAUGGUUUUCCAGUGUAACUGUGGCAAUGUGCUGGAGUGAAGUGUAUGCAAUAGAAACUGUAGUACAGUAGUGUUGUGCUUUUCUUAAGCCUGAAGAAUGGAAGAAAGCCCCUAUGAGUCCACACAAGGGGAUGUCUGUGACCAGAGCCGCAGUACUAAAACAUAUUGAGGAGAAUUUUGGCUUUGCCUUAUUUGUUAUGCUCUCUUAGUUAUGAGUGUGCAGCACCAGCAAUCUGAAUGAGUAGAAUGUAGGUACAGUAUAUCAUUUAUGACACUUUAUCAGUGUGAAUGAUUAGAUGAGAAGAAUGAGUGUGUGAGCAUACAGCAUCACUUUGCUUUGAUUUAUAAGGAUGCAUUUUGUUUACCUAUUCCGCAUUUUUUGCUCUUUCACAUGAAAUGCUGUGUCCCUCUGGUUUACACUAAUUGAUACAGAAACAAACAUGAAGCAAUCUGAGGUGGACACAACUUUUUUUUCAAAUGUAUGUGUGACUUGCAUAGAUUUGUGUGAAAACGAAAACCAAAGUGAGAAUGCAAAUAUACAGAUUAGCAGAUCACUUCCAUGUAAUGUUAUGGUUAAAUAGUAAAGGGUCAUCAAUAGAUGCAGUUCACUGUGCAGCUGUAUGGUAAUCUAAAAGAAUGUGCAAUCGAGUAGAUUUAAUAGAUAAAGCAAACACCAAUUCAGUCCUCCUGUUCCACAUUUUCCAGCUCAUUGCAAUACAGUGAUGACUAAAUGUUUAGGGGUGAGGGCGAUAGUCAUCCAUACAUUGACAUUCACUAUUAUUUAUAUUCUUUUAGAAUGAUAAUCCAAUAAUUUUGUAGCUACAGAGAUUAUAUUCACACACAAUGAAGCGCUCUGCAAGGUAUUUAACACACUGACAAAGAUCCAGGGUUGUUGAAGACUUUACUUCCUUGA